AUGUCUUCCACUGAGAUUAAAGCCUUGACUACACGCAGUUGCCGGCGUUGCAGCCAGAAGAAGAUACGAUGUGACAAAGCUCAGCCUUGCGCGGGUUGCAUCAAGUCGGCUUCGGAGUGCGUCUUCCCAGGCCCCGAUCGAGCCCCACGACGCAAGAAACGGCCACUGAAGGCUCAACUGGUUUCGCGCCUGAAGGCCCUGGAGAAGGAGCCAGCAGAGAACAGCACCGCUGUGAAAGGCGAGCGCGGGAAAUUAUUUGUGGACAGAGGAUCCUCCCAGUAUAUCAACCACGAGGUGCUUGUUGACUUCGAAACACAGAUGAUCGAUGACAGUCAGCACUGCAAGCAUCGUCUUGGGAAAGCGAAGGAUGAGUCUGGGAUGCAAGAGGUGGCAUCAAGUGGCGGGGAGCAUAAAAUUGUAACCGGAAAUGGAUUCGUAUUCCAGGAUUCGCCGAUGGCAGUUUUCCUAUCCGACUUUUACCCCAACAGCGUCCAGCACUCUACCUUAUGGGACUUGUUCGAAGAGAAUGUUGCCCCCUGCAACGACUUUUCCGACGACAGGGCCUCCGAGGCCGUGAGGUUUGCCGUGUACUUUGCUGCUAUCACCAGCAUGGACCCAGAGCGAUGCAAGCAUGUAUUUGGAAAGGAACGUGGGAAUCUGCAGCAACACUAUCGAUUCGCUACACAACAAGCAUUAGCGCGUGCCAACUUUCUUCAGUCGCACAACCUGACCGUGCUUCAGGCCACAAUCCUCUUUUUAACUUGUCUGCGUGGGGAAGACGAUGCCGCCUUCGUCUGGGCUAUGACAGCGGCUGUACAUCGCAUAGCACAGGGGCUAGGGUUACAUCGUGAUGGUACACACCUUGGACUAAACCCGUUUCAAACAGAAGUACGACGCCGGAUAUGGUGGGCAUUUUACCUAUUAGACUGCCAGUCUUCCGAGUUUCGUGCCGUUGGUACGCAAAUCAAAGAGGGAACAUACGACACCAAGUUACCCCUGAAUAUUCAUGACUCGGAUAUAUCGCUAGAGUCAAGGUCGUUUCCCGACGAAAGAUUCAUUUUCACUGAUAUGACAUUCUGUUUGAUACGGUGUGAAAUGACGGUGCUCAAUCGGCAGCUUCACUCAGAUCUUCAUAGUAGCACCGGCGGGCACGGCGAAGACAGUUCACUGAACAGGGUAACAAAGCUUCAUGGACUGAAACAGAUUCAUAGUAAAUUGCGCAGACAAUACUUGUGGUUCUGUGACGUCUCAAUUCCUUUGCAGUGGGUAACAGCCACAGUCAUCCGCCUGGCUCUUGCCCGAUCAUGGUUGGUUGCUCAUCUCCCCGAGGGUAUGUCCGCGGCAGAGCAGAUAUCGCAGACCGCACCCUCGGAUGUGAGAUCACUUAGACAUGAACGACUCUUUGUGAUGGCGAUUGAGGUACUAGAGUUUGCGUAUUUGCUCGAGACCGACCCUCGCACCAAGCAGUGGUCAUGGCUCUUCGAAGGUUACCCGCAAUGGCAUGCUGCCAUUUUUGUCCUGAGACAGAUUGGCGUUGGACCACAAACAAUGCUGACGGACCGAGCCUGGGCUGUAGCAUUGAAAGUCAUUACACGAUGGAAAGAUAAUGACUGCCAAAAGGAUGGAGUGACCUCAGCAUUGGUAUCUCGUCUUAUGGAGCAAGCUGCAGUUGCACAGGGAUGCAUCUGGGACGGAGGAGAGAUCAAAGACGAGCCACGAUCACCUCCUGAUAUUGUAUCAUAA